AUGGGAGAGGAGUUUGGUAAAUCUGGGCUUUACAUUGACGACCUUUAUGCGAUACGCGUCAUCGAUCCAGAGGUAGCCAACGAAACAAACGAAUUGAAGGACGAAUGUGAAAAAUUUACUGACAAGUUAACCGAGUUCCGGCGAAUCAUCGAUCAGUUUGCAACCAUCGUCGAAACCUUUGCAGUGGAAGUGGACCAAGAAAAGAUGCGAGCGGUCGGGGUGCAAAAUAUGCUUAAAACAUUCUCCAAGCAACGAGAAUCCGAACAACAACAAAUACAGAGCGAAAUUAUCGAGAAAAUGGUGGAACUGGAUAAACUGAAGAUCGAGUACCAAUAUCUGCAGCGGAUUGAGUCGGAACAACAAGAAAUGAUUGACAAUUUUUACCAAAAUCAGUAA